CGCGAUACUGAAUACAAGUAUUACCAACACAACCGGAUUUCAAUUCCAGAUUCAAGUUUACAACUUACUACAGUGUUCAAAGCAGCCGCUCGCAUCUGUAAUGAUGUUUACAGCAUGUCUUGUGCGACAAUGUGAUAUUACUCUCGAGGGAUUGCAAACUCUGCAAUGGUAUCAGAUUGACGGGAGUGCAAUCCACUUCUGUCGUAAUCGAUGGCUUGGCCCUUCCCUUUUGUGCCCACUCAUUUGAUCAGUAGGUAAUUAGUGUUGGGUAUCUAUUCCGCUGAUGUCAAUAUCGACCGUCAACAGUGUCUGUCCAUUGGACGACCAAUAAUAACCGAGUUUGCCUUUUGUAAUGAUUGGGAUGUGCACGAUCCUUGAAGCAUGCGCGAAGAUUCUUGGCUGCAAAUGUCACUAUCACAUCAUUGUCCGACUAAAACUGUGUGUUGAUGUAAACAAGGACUCAAAGUGAAUUAGUCAAAGCCCUGCUGGCAAAACAAAAGCUCAUCGAGGUUAUAUUCAAAGGCCAUUGAGGUGAGGCGGCAUUAUAGUAAGUAUAUGCAGACAUCACCACAAAAGAGCCAAGAUAAGUCAUCAAUCACGUCCAUCAACAUUUACGCAACCAAUCAUGCAACCGAAUCGCUUGAUGAUCAAAACGUGACUUCGUGAAAUUCUCAAGGAGGUAGAAUAAGUGAAUACGUGCGCGACAACAAGCUUGACUUGUAUCGAUCUUGCUAGCAUCGGUACGCAAUGCUUGUGAAGCGCCAACUUGCAAAUGAUGUCGAGCAUCUCAUCAGAAGUCUUCAGUCUCAAGGAACAGAACAGUUUGAUUCAAAAAAUCUGACUAAGGUUUUGAAGGAUGCGGCGAUAGACUUAUUUGAUAUUUUGCAUUUUGAUGUGAAGAAUAAUUUCAAUCUAAAGAGUAAGUGAGACCUGA